AUGACGAACAUUACGAACAACAUUGCCAAGAAAGUUAUCACAUGGAAGGAGGUCAAACAAUACAUUAAUUCUGGUGAACUCUACAUGUUGAGAAGAUCCGAAUUGCAAAAUACAGAUUAUCAAAUACAUAAGAAAAAAUUUGUUAAUGUUGAUAUGGCCCAAUUUAUGCUGGAUAAAUUAGGUUGGAAGUCGGAAGAAUUACAAAAAUUAAAUGACAUUGUUUAUAAUACAGAUGAAAAGAGGAUUAAUGGUGCAUUUAAAGAUAAGUCAUUAUUUAAAUUGGCAGUUAAUGAUUUCCCAUACUAUUUUGAACCAGAUGUUAUCCAUGUCUUAAUUUGGUCAAAGAUUAAAUUACCGAUUUAUAAAACAGAUAAAAAGACUAGUGAUGUUAAAAUCGGGGAUCCCAACAAUAAUUUCCCUGAAUUUAAUAAACCUAUGAAAAAGGUCAUUGCUUCUUUCUUGAAACAUACCAUCACUGAUAAAUACUGUAUUACAGAAGAGAAUUAUUGUUGGUUCAUAAACUAUGUCAACUUACAAAGUAUUCAAGCUGUCUCACAUAUCCAUUUGAUUAUUAAAUUACCUGCAAAAUACAAGGGCAAUCAUGAGGCAUUUUUCCAAGAAUUGAAAGGUGGAUUCGAACCGCUCCCAUGA